GCUCAAGUCCAGUUGACUUGUAGCCAGGGUGCCUUCGCUGGGCCAGAGGCCGCAUGGCUAGCUUUGUAGCAGCCUUGGCGCCGGCGCCGGUGCGGGCCACCAACUUGGUCCAGGCAAACUCCGCGCGCGCGACGCCGUUGCGGAGCUCCCCGCGGAGGCCGCCCUCAUCGCUGCCUGCAGUCGUUGCAGGCGGCAUGGCGGCGUGCAAGGCGCUUGCAGCGCGAGGUUCAGCGCGUGGACUUUCUGGGCGAGGUGCCGCAGCUGGCGGGUCAGCGCCUCCGGAGGCGUUCCCACCAGCCGUUAUCAUUGGUGGCGGCAGACUGGGAGAAGCUUUCGCCACCAUGGGACUUGGCCAGGAUAUCAUUGUCCGGCGCGGUGAUGCUUUUCCGGUGGAUGCUCCAAAGGGCCCCGUGUAUGUGUGCACUCGGAACGACGUGCUGAAGGACAUCAUCGCGUCGGUCCCAGAGGAUCGACACGAAGACUUGGUGUUCGUCCAGAACGGCGCUUUGAUGCCCUUCCUGGACAAGGAGCUGAGACCAGGGCUGCCUAUCACUAUCCUCUUGGUGUACUUUGCAGUCGCCAAGAAAGGAGAGGCGCCCUUGGACGGCAAGACCGACACUGAUCCGGAGGGCUUGACGGCGGUGAAUGCCGGUGGGAAGUGGGCCAGAGAGGUGAACUGGAGACUUACCUCCAGCGACCUGGCUUGCCGAAUCCUUCGGAAGCCUCACUUUACGCAGGCCUACUGGGAGAAGAACCUUUGGAUUGCUGCGUAUAUGUUGGUGGGCAGCUUGCAUAGCUGCACCGUGGGAGAGGUGGAGUCCAAACAUCGCGCGGAGGUUGAUGAGAUGAUCACUCAACUAGCGACAGCUGUCUCGGCCACUCAGCCUGAGGUCCGCUGGGAACAGCUGCUACUUUGCGACCGGCUUGCCGCGUAUGCCCGCAGCGUGGCACACUUCCCAACUGCAGUCAAGGAGUUCGAGUGGCGGAAUGGCGCAUUUUAUGACAUGACGCUGCAGGCCGAGGCUGCAGGACGACCGGACCCAUGCCCCAAGCAUACUGACGGCCUGCGCACAGUGGGCGCCCUACCAGCAGACUGAGCGAAAGCCAGUUGGAGCUAAGCCCGCUUUAUGCGACAGCAUCUCCAAAGCAAGGCCUACGCGAGCACCUGCCAAUGAGUGCAAGCUUCUGCAAGCUUUGAACUUGGGCCUGUCUAGCCACAUCAGGCCAGCAUCGGCAAUUGCAAUUGCCUUUGCGGAAUGUGUUUUUUAUUGGAUGAUUUUUUUCUCUUAGGCUUUUGUUGUGGUGAAUUGAGCUCUCAAUUAUCGUAUGGUUGAUGAGCCAGCGCAAUGAGUGCAAUGCUGCCUCGAGAGUCGGGGGCGUGUGCGACACGCAUUUUUCCAGGUGCAAGGUCUCGCUUGAC